AUGCGGGGACCUGAGGCAUCAGCGCCCGGUGCAUUCUGGGAUGCUCCCUCAACCCUCGCGACUGCCAUCAGAACAAACCCACCCUUCCUCGAAACCGAUAUCAAUACGGGCCCUGUAUUCGACCAACAUGUCGCAUCAAAACUCGAACGUCGUUUCCCAACGGCGUCGUGGGAUCAGGGCAAUAAUGGCCCGAUAAGUGCCAGUGGCAAUUCAACCGGGAAGGGUAUUUUGAUCGGUGUUUUAUCAGCUUUUGGGUCGGCAGCAGUCGCAGUGCUAGUCCUCGCGGCUUUCUUCUUCUUCAAAUAUACUCAGCGCGGUCGCAUUCUUCUGGAUCGUAUGGGCCGCCCAGGUGAAUUCGACGAUGAGCAAGCAUUUCUACGUGAAGAGGCUGAGGCCUUGGAAACUAUGGAUGACCUGUCGAGGUCGGAGUAUUUGAGAUCAAAGGCAUUUGUUGAAGCCAACCCGCCCGAGUCAACGCAGACCGACAUUUCGCUAUCCCAGUUCCUCGCCAUUCAAGAAAAAGGUGUCUCGGCUUGGGAAUUCCAGCCCGAGCUCGAAAUCGCCAACUGCUUUGUAGAGGGCCGUACGGAGAUUGAGUUCUAUGAUUCAAUAUGCAGUGUUCAAACAAACUUACCGGUCCCGAAACAAAACGACGUCUAUUACUGGGAGGCCAAGAUUUAUGAUAAACCGGAAACCACCCACAUCGGUAUUGGCAUGUCUACAAAGCCUUAUCCGCUAUUUAGACUACCUGGUUAUCACAAGGCAUCAGCCGCAUACGAGUCCACGGGCAACAGGCGGUAUAACCAGCCAUUUGCCUCGAUGCCAUAUGGUCCUCCGCUCACUCAGGGAGAUGUCGUGGGCGUUGGAUAUCGACCCCGCUCGGGUACGAUCUUCUUCACGCGCAACGGCAAGAAGUUAGAGGAUGUCGCCCAUGGGCAGAAGUCGCAGAACUUCUUUCCCACCAUUGGAGCGAAUGGACCCUGUACCGUCCACGUGAACUUCGGCCAGCUUGGAUUUGUUUUUAUCGAAGCCAACGUUAAGAAAUGGGGCCUAGCACCGAUGACUGGUAGUCUGGCGCCCCCUCCCCCGUAUGGAAGUGAGCAAGGUAGCAUCCUUCUCGAAUCCGGCCGAGAAAGCGCUGCAAAUUUGGCGCAACGGGUCUAUCAGGAUCCCACGUAUGCGCAAACAAGUUCGACGGUCCGGAUACCACCCGCUGCCAGCCCUGGGCCUGUUCGGUCCCCGACUGAUAUAUCCCUUGCUCCGCUUGCGCACAUUCCCUCUAAUGAGGAUGCUGGAGAAGGGUCGAGUCGAGCGCCUACCGCCAACCCUGAGCAAGUCCGUUUAUUGAACCCGGACGAUUUGGAGCAUGGCCCGCCUCCAGAAUAUACCAGCCCUGAUGGUAGUCCAAGAACCAGCCAGGAGUUCUCACGCGAAGGCCAGCCGCCUAUACCUAGCUACGACGCUGCCGUUGGUAACCCGGACGACAGCACUGAUGCACACUAA